GAGUUGCUGACUGCUGCAAAACAGCAAAAUGUAAAAAUCUAAUCUCAUGCAGUUAUCUCAUCUGCAGGGUAAAAGCGUUUUAACCGGAGGUCUUGAUGCUUUGGAAUUCAUCGGCAAGAAAACCAUGAAUGUCCUUGCAGAAAGUGACCCAGGCUUUAAGCGAACCAAGACUCUCAUGGAGAGAACCGUUUCCUUGUCUCAGAUGUUAAGGGAAGCCAAGGAGAAAGAGAAGCAGAGACUGGCCCAGCAGCUCACGGUGGAGAGAACCGCACACUACGGGCUGCUAUUCGACGAAUAUCAAGGCUUGUCACACCUGGAAGCCCUGGAAAUUCUGUCUAAUGAAAGUGAAAGCAAGGUGCAGUCAUUUUUAGCAUCACUUGAUGGGGAGAAGCUGGAACUCUUAAAAAAUGACCUAGUUUCCAUUAAAGACAUCUUUGCAGCCAAAGAAUUCGAGACUGAAGAGAAUCAAGAAGAACAAGGCUUAGAGGAAAAGGGAGAAGAAUUUGCUAGCAUGCUUACAGAGCUUCUCUUUGAAUUACAUGUCGCGGCCACACCUGACAAACUCAAUAAGGCCAUGAAAAAAGCUCAUGACUGGGUGGAAGAGGAUCAAAGUAUGGUGUCAGUAGAUGUGGCAAAAGAAUCAGAGGAGGAAAUUGAGAAGGAAGAAAAGGAAAAUAAACCUGAAGACCCUCAAGAAGAAAACAAGGAAGAAAGGAGAUCUAAGACCAUAGAGGAGGUAUACCUGUUGUCCAUUGAAAGUCUGGCAGAAGUAACAGCACGCUGUAUCGAGCAGCUUCAUAAAGUAGCAGAAUUAAUUCUUCAUGGACAAGAAGAGGAAAAACCAGCUCAGGACCAAGCAAAAGUUCUGAUAAAAUUAACUACUGCAAUGUGCAACGAAGUGGCUUCCUUAUCAAAGAAGUUUACGAAUUCUCUAACCACUGUUGGGGCCCUGGAUGCAAACUCUGAUGUUUCUUUCCAUGAGAAACAGAAGUUUUUACUUCCUGUUUUAGUUAUGGUGCUUUUUGGCUACAAGUGUAUGAGUCUCCUAGGGCUGCUAUAACAAAGAGCCACACACUGGGUGACUU